AUGGAUAUCGAUUUUGACGCUUCUGCAUUCCUUGAGCAACAGCGUGAUGCCGCUCCCGCAGAAUUGCAGCCUGUUUUCUUCCAGCUUGAGGACCUUUACGACAGAAAGUUGUGGCAUCAGCUUACCGAUGCCCUCAUCAUCCUGUUCAAUAACCCCCAAAGCGCUCCUUUGAGGAUGCCUCUGUUCAGGGAGUUUGUUGGUUCAUUCCAGGGCAAGAUCAACCAGCUCAAGCUGGUAUCACUCGGAUUGUCCGCAGCGAGUCAAUGUCAAGAAUAUAGCGAGGCGCUUCAAUUCCUCUCCGACAUCACGGAGAAGGUCGACACACCGUCAACCCAAGAUGCCUUCGUAUAUGCCACAGUGGAGACCGCACGUAUGAAGCUCCUUCUCGGACAAUUGGAUGAGUCAAGAGAGUCCAUGGACAAGGCCGGAAAGAUCCUCGACAGCUUUGAUUCCGUGGAGAACAUGAUCCACGCGGCAUACUACCGUGUGAAUGCGGACUACUACAAGGCCAAGGCAGAAUACGCCGCCUACUACAAGAAUGCUCUGCUGUUUCUUGCGUGCGUCAAUGUUGAGAAGGAUCUUACUAUUGCUGAAGCCCAAGAACGCGCAUACGACCUCUCUAUCUCUGCACUUCUCGGCGAGACAAUCUACAACUUUGGAGAGCUUCUCCUCCACCACGUCCUUAACUCUCUUAACGGAACGGAGCACGAGUGGCUGAAGGAGGUCUUGUUUGCGUUGAAUAGUGGAGAUAUUGCGAGAUUCGAGGGUCUUCAGGGACAUCUUGCGAAGCAACCACUAUUGCAGGCAUCACUACCCUUCCUCAGACAGAAGAUCUGUCUGACGGCGCUCAUCGAGGCUGUCUUCAAGCGUCCUCCUCAUGACCGUGCUUUGGCGUUCUCUACCAUUGCCGCGGAGACACGGCUGGUGCAUGAUGAGGUUGAGCACCUCGUCAUGAAAGCCCUCAGCUUGAACCUUCUAAAGGGUAACAUUGACCAGGUCGAUCAGGUGGUGCGUGUUACUUGGGUGCAGCCUCGGGUGUUGGAUAUGAACCAGGUAGAGGGUAUGAGGCAAAGGUUGGUGGACUGGGCAAGCCAGGUGAAGACUCUGGAGGGAUUCGUUCACAAGACCGGAGAGGAUUUGGAGGUUUGGGUUCAGUAA